AUAAACUUCAGAUUGGCAUAAUGGAAAAAGAAGAGGAGAAUAAGCAACCUAAGCAGGAACGAGAUGAUGAGUAUGAUAUGAAAGAAGACCAAGAAGCUGUUUUCGAGCCUGCCAAUGACAGUAAAGAUCAUGAUAAAAGCCAUAACAGCGGUAAAAGUAAACGUAAUGGAUACAUGAAAGAUGCAGAUGGGUCUCCUCGUCUAAGCAAUGAACCUCCCAAGCUAAUCAUUGAUGGUCGUCAAGAUGACAAGCCUAAAACCGAUCGUAAAGACAAUCCUCAGCACGGCACUUCUGGAAUGCCAUUUGAUGCAGGCUCCAUUGACAGUCCUAAAAGCUCUGCCAAGCUCCAGAAGAAGCCUGAUGAUGCCAAUGCUUCUCAUGAGAAGAAUAACACUGAGAAGUCUUUGAAUUCGAAGCAUGACUCUAAAGAUGACUUGGGGUGGAAUGAAGACUCCAAAAACAAUGAAGAUGAAAAGAACGACGAAGAACGGUCGCUGCUGUACCCUGACAACAACGCCAACAUUUACAAAGAAGACAACAAAGGUCCUCCCAACGACGAUGAAGUCGACUUCAGGAGGCCCAGCACACAGCCUGAGCUGCCCAAGAACCUCGGAAAGAAAACUGAAGAAGACACCAAGUCUGAAGCCGACGAUGGCGAGAAAGAACUCACCGAGUGUCAGAAGAAGUCGAUUGCCUUCCUUGACAGCUGGCAGUGGGGAGUCUUCAUGACCGUGGUCACGGUGUACACACUCUUCUUUGACGACAUCAGGAUCAUCCUCAUUCCCAAGGCAGCUGAUGACGCCUUCUACACGAUCACGGUGCUGUGUUUCUUGCUGUUUCUGUUCGAAAUCAUUUUGUCUUCGGUGACAAAGCCAGGGUACUGGCUGUCGUUCUUCUUCUGGCUGGACAUCCUGGCCACUUUCUCGAUGGUCUUCGACAUCGGUUGGAUCAUGGAUCAGUUCAACAACGCAAGUCAGGCUGACAGUGCAGGCUCUCUUGCUCAGUCAAGUCGAGCAGCCAGAGUCACGCGUAUUGUGAGACUCGUGCGGCUGAUCCGGCUGGUCAGGAUUGUCAAGCUGUACAAGCAAGCUAAGAUCGCUCAAGAGAAGCGAGAAGAAGCCAAGCUCAAGAAACUCCGAGAAGAACGAGGCAAGUUCGAAGAGGAAGAAGAAAGCACUCAGAACCUCACCAAGCGUCAGAAACUCCAGAGACAGAAAACCAUCGCUAGAGGCGCAGAAGACAUUGACAUCGACGAGUUCCAGCUAGAGUCCAAGAUUUCGAAGACACUGUCCGAGAAGAACCAGAAGAUCCUGAUUAUAUUGAUUUUGUCGACGCUGUUUGGAACACCGAUGUUUCAGAGGAACACGUAUGUGCAACCAAUUCCGGCGCCAGAGUUUGGUCUCGACCACCUCAUGCUUAUCUACAAAAGCUACGAUGCAUUAAAUACUUCCAGUCAGGAGGUAUAUAACACCUCAUACUCUGAGUAUGUUCUUCAGAUGAAAGACUAUGAAUAUCCCUUGAUUGAAUUAGAAGUACCUGUAUUCGGCCAAACUAAAUACAAUGAUGCUAAAGGAGAUUUAAGAAGUGAUGAGUUUACUGUUAUUACAAGUUCUAACGACUCGAAGGCGACUUACAGUGUGAAGACAUUUAACCAAUAUGAAGCUAUGAUUAACAUUGCUAGAACCAUCAUGGUUUGCAUCCUCCUUGUUGUCUCAAGUUAUAUCAUAAACCGUGAUGCCACGAGGCUGGUGCUUGAUCCAAUAGAGCGAAUGGUUGAACGUGUUAGAAUUGUUGCUAAAAAUCCUAUGGCCUUAUGUUCUGAAGAAGAAAUUGAGAAUGAAGGAGCAUUGGCUUUGGUCAAAAGUCAACAGAAAAAGAAGAAAAAGACAGAAGAAGACCAUAAGAAUGAAACAGCUUUCCUUGAAGCCUCACUAUUCACUAUUGGAAGACUGCUAGGUCUUUGUUUCGGGGAAGCAGGAGCUAGAAUUAUCGGAAAUAACAUUGCAUCUUCAGAAAUUGGAAGUGACUUUAACCCAGUCAUUCCUGGGUCAAAAGAAAUGGCAAUUUUUGGUUUCUGUGAUAUCCGAGGAUUCGCAGAUGCCACAGAAGCUCUUGAAGAAGAUGUCAUGAAAUUUGUCAACCAGAUAGCAGAGAUUGUUCAUUCAGAAUGUGAUCUCCAUCAAGGUUCAUCGAACAAAAACCUUGGUGAAGCUUUUCUGAUGGUCUGGAAAUUCCCAAGAGAUGAUAUUGAUUCAUUUGAUGAGGAAUUGUCAAUUAGACCAGAUAAUAAAUACUGAAAUAAUCUUGCAGAUCUAGCAGUUUUAGGUUUCCUCAAAGCUAAUGCUGGAGUUAACAAGUUUAAACACUUACUUGAAUACAAUAAAAAUGAGAAAAUGCUUGAGAGGAUUCCAAAUUACAAGAUAAACAUGGGCUUUGGGCUUCAUGUGGGAUGGGGAAUUGAAGGAGCUAUCGGAUCACCAUACAAAAUAGAUGCAUCAUAUCUCAGCCCAAAUGUAAAUAUUGCAGCUAGGUUAGAGGCAGCUACUAGACAAUAUGGAGUUUCGAUUUUGAUCUCAGGUGAACUUCAAGAUUUAUUAACAGAACCAAUGAAAGAAAUAACUAGAUUGAUAGAUAUUGUCACUGUAAAAGGAAGUGCUGUCCCUAUGAAAUUUUAUACUAUAAACCUAAAGCUUUGUUGAUUAGAUCCAGUGCAGCAUCCUUUGGAAGGCAUGUCUGCAACUCAAAAGAAAGAAAAGAGGACAGAAGCAAGGAAAAACCUCUUCACUCAGAUCACUAACAACAUUAUCUCAACUGAGGAUCUUCUGAAUGAGUAUGAAGAUAUCAACAAAAUGAUGAAUGAUCAUAACAGUAACGAUGAGGAAUUCAAAAGGCUUUAUCAGCAAGCCUUUGAGCAGUAUAUUCAAGGCAACUGGAGAGAUGCCUUAAAGAUAUUUGAGGCUUGCCGAGAAAUCAACCCUGAAGAUGGCCCUGUAAGAACACUUAUUCACUACAUUGAGUCAUAUAAUAACCAAGCACCUGACGAUUGGGAAGGAUUCAGAAAACUUACUAGGAAGACUUAG